GGGCGUUUCUGUCCGCGCCCCGCCCACUGACGCGUGUGGUAUUUAUGGCUGCGCGCGAAAGACUUCCUUGUUCAAGCGAGCGAGCGGGAACGGCGGGUGGUGUCGCGUGGAGAGGAAUCCGCGGCUCGCUUCUUGUUGGCUUGAAUAUUUUGUGUAAAUAAGACUGCUCAAAGUAGGCGAAUGAAUUCCAGGCUGAAGCAGAAGGCUGAAGCAGAGAAAUCUUUGGCUGCAAAGGCUCCUGGAGGUAGUUCAAAUGGCCCAUUCCAGAGACAAACCCUUAAGAUGAUACAGCCAUCUAUUACAGGGUGUCUUGUUGGCAGGGCAGAUAAGCAGGUCCAGCUGUCAAUCAAGGGGAAAAUCUGGAGUGAGCCAUCUAUGCCAAACGUGUCCAAACCUGUUUCUGCAACAUCAUCAGAACACAGAAAUGCAAAAGGUGCCAUCCAAGCUUCUGACCUCAUGGUAAAAGGCAAUCCUUCAUCUGUGUACUGGAAAGAGCUGGCUGAAGAGAGGAGGAAAGCUCUAUAUGAGGUGUUACAAGAAAAUGAAAAGCUGCACAAAGAAAUUGAAUUCAAAGAUGCUGAAAUCGCUUGUCUAAAGAAAGAGAAUGAAGAGCUUGCAGAGCUGGCAAGCCAUGUACAAUAUAUGGCAAACAUGAUUGAGCAGCUAACUGAACAAGCACCAGAAAGCUUUGAGACACUGAAAAAUCUAGACCUGGAGGAAAGUGUACAUGAAGAUUCUUCUGCAGAAGAGAAUUUGGAUGAUGACUCUGAGCCAGAAUGCACACAGAUCUCUUCUACAGAGAAUGUUACAGAUCUACAUACACGUGAAACCAGUAAUCCUUAAUACUGAGGCUGCUCAUAUCCGAUCAGUGCUUUAGGGGAGAAUAAACUACCAGAGAUGACUUGGGUAGGGCAGGAAUGAAAUCUUCUGGAAACUGGUAAUAUAAGAGCAAAAGUAUAAAUUGUGGCAAAUAAUUUGUACAAAUGCUAGUAAGUGUAUCUAUAAACUAUUAACUGCAUCUGGCUGCUUGUGUAAGAUGGAAAUACUGUGUAUUUCACCAUGUAAAUAGUUUUAUCCAUGUAUAGUAUGUUUCAUAUAACUGCCAAAUAAACUUAAUUAUGUCACUUGUAA